ACGGGCGUAGCUUCCGUAGCAUCAUGGCGGCCUCCGAGGACGAGAAGCUGGAGGGGAACGGCGAGGGAGAGCGGCUGGAUUUCCUGCGGGACCGGCACGUGCGGUUUUUCCAGCGCUGCCUGCACGUCUUGCCCGAGCGCUAUUCGUCGCUGGAGACCAGCAGGUUGACAAUUGCAUUUUUUGCACUCUCUGGGCUGGAUAUGCUGGACUCCUUAGAUGUGGUGAACAAAGAUGACAUAAUAGAGUGGAUUUACUCCCUGCAGGUUCUUCCCACAAAAGACAGAUCAAAUCUAAGUCGCUGUGGUUUCCGAGGCUCUUCAUACCUGGGUAUUCCGUUCAAUCCAUCAAAGAGUCCUGGAGCAGCACAUCCUUAUGACAGUGGCCACAUAGCAAUGACCUACACCGGUCUUUCAUGUUUAGUAAUCCUUGGAGAUGACUUGAGCCGAGUAAAUAAAGAAGCUUGCUUAGCAGGCUUGAGAGCACUUCAGCUGGAAGAUGGAAGUUUUUGCGCUGUCCCUGAAGGCAGUGAAAAUGACAUGCGCUUUGUCUACUGCGCCUCCUGUAUCUGCUACAUGCUCAAUGACUGGUCUGGCAUGGAGAUGAAGAAAGCUAUCGGUUAUAUCAGAAGAAGUAUGUCUUAUGACAAUGGGCUGGCCCAGGGAGCAGGACUGGAAUCUCAUGGAGGAUCAACUUUUUGCGGCAUUGCCUCAUUGUGUCUGAUGGGUAAACUGGAAGAAGUCUUUUCCGAAAAAGAACUGAACAGGAUAAAGCGAUGGUGUAUAAUGAGGCAGCAGAACGGUUACCACGGAAGACCCAAUAAGCCUGUGGACACCUGUUAUUCCUUUUGGGUGGGAGCGACUCUAAAGCUUCUGAAAAUUUUCCAGUACACUAACUUUGAGAAAAAUAGGAACUACAUCUUAGCAACUCAAGAUCGUCUCAUAGGGGGAUUUGCCAAGUGGCCAGACAGUCAUCCAGAUGCCUUGCAUGCAUACUUUGGCAUCUGUGGCCUGUCACUAAUGGAGGAAAGUGGAAUUCGUAAAGUCCACCCCGCCCUGAAUGUCAGCACACGGACUUCUGACCGUCUUCGGGAUCUUCAUCAGAGUUGGCAAUCCAAGGACUCUACACAGUGCUUAGAGAAGGCCCACAACUCCACAUGACUAACUUUGGAGGAGGAGGAGGAGAAGAAGGGGAAUCUCUCGGGUAACUGUAGCCCAAGGGUAAAAGCCAUGUAUAACCAAGUGUGCUCUUUUUUUCAGGGGUAGUCUUACAAUCAAAUCUUGUGCUGAACUGACUUGGGGUGACGGUCUUGAGCCAGUGACCUUUGUACUACUGGAUUUCAAGAAUAUCCGUGUUGAUGUUGGAAUCUCAGUGAGCUCUGUUGUGGUCUUCAGUGUUGAUAUUUGUAUUUCUAAAAUUCAGCAAAUUAAUUGUAGGUAUGUAGGUUAUCUUUUUUUUUAAAAAAAAACAACUCUUCAGUACAAAUCGUAUCCCAUUAUAAACUGGACACACCAUCAAAACAAGUUUACGGUUCAUAAAGCAUUGAUAAUCUUUGUGAUCAUCUUAAAAUGCUUGACGGCUGGUAAUAGAAAAUUGUUUUUAAUGAAGUAUCUGGGAUUAUUCUUUGAAAACAGAUGAUCCUAUAAAACCUUUGAUGGAAGAAUAACUUAUUUUGUCUUAAAACUGUGCCAAUUGCCAAUUGGACUCCUGGGGCCUAUGUAAAUGAAAUUUGCCUAACAAGAAUGAAUAGCCUCAGCUAAUACAAUACUUUUCUAAACGGAGAUUAUUUUAAGAAGACUAUUAUAUGCGUAGCUAAGGGAAAAGUAAUUUAAUUGUGUGUGGUUGUGUAUGGAAAAGUUUUGUGUGUAAAUAAUCGUUACAUGUUCACCUUUAAUCUCAAAUCAUUGCUUCCCCACUCCCCAGAGUGAAGAUGACCUCAUCUAGAUGGCAACAGACUUAGUGCUUUUGCUUAUUUUUCUGAGAUAUGUGAUAUUAUAAAUUAUACUUUUAUACCUGA